AUGGCGGUUGACGAUGACACGGAUGAUGAAGAAGGUGCAUGCGAUGACAUCGAAGGACUGCUUAAUGAUGCAUUUGGAGAUGUAUCUCAUGCUGAGGGUGUUACUGUAGGUCAAAAUGAAGAGGCUAAAAAGUUUUACAAUUUAAUAGAUGGGGCAAGUCAAGAGUUAUACCCGGGUUGUAAGAAAUUUUCUACAUUAUCUUUUACCAUCCAUCUGUACUUGUUAAAGUGUUUGCACGGUUGGAGCAAUGCCUCCUUCACUUCACUUCUUGAGCUAUUGAAAGAGGCAAUGCCUGACAUUAACAUACCUUCAUCUUUCCAUAAGACAAAGUCUAUGAUAAGAGAUUUAGGUCUGGAUUAUAAAAAAAUUGAUGCUUGUCCUAAUGAUUGCCUCAUGUAUAGAAAAGAACUAAAGGAUGAAAAACACUGUCGUGUGUGUGGAACUUCUCGAUAUACUGAAAAUUCCAGUGAUAAUAGCGAGAACCAACCUGACAAGAAAGGUCGUCUUAUUCCUGCAAAGACUUUGAGAUACUUUCCUAUAAUUCCAAGACUUCAGAGAUUAUUUAUGUGCUCAAAGACGGCAGCUAGUCUGAGGUGGCAUGAUGAGGAGCGCGUAAAAGAUGGGACGUUAAAGCAUCCUGCUGAUGGCUUGGCAUGGAAGAACCUUGAUGAAAUGGAUGAAGAAUUUGCAAAAGAAUCUCGCAAUAUUAGACUAGGCUUGUCAAGUGAUGGGUUCAACCCAUUUCGUAGCAUGAACAUUUCAUGGAGCACGUGGCCCGUGAUGCUGAUGGUAUACAACUUGCCUCCGUGGAUGUGCAUAAAACCUGAAUAUUGUAUGCUUUCUUUGCUUAUUCCUGGGCCACAAUCACCUGGUAAAGACAUUGAUGUGUAUCUACAACCAUUGAUAGAAGACUUGAAGUUGUUAUGGGAAAUAGGGGUCGAAAAUUAUGAUGCAUCAAAGAAUGAGACCUUUCAAAUGCGGGCGACUCUUUUGUGGACAAUCAACGAUUUUCCUGCUUAUGCUAUGUUAUCUGGGUGGAGUACAAAGGAAAAAUUGGCUUGCCCUUGUUGCAACAAAAAUACCAGUAGCUUACAACUAAAACACAGUCGGAAGACAGUUUAUAUGGACCAUCGUGUCUUUUUACCCAUGGAUCAUCCAUGGAGAACCAAUACAAGGUCUUUUAAUGGGAAGCAGGAAUUAAGACCCCCUCCACCUGUUAUAGAAGGACCCAAAAUUUUUUAG